CUGACCAUUGGCCAUGUUGGUUGGGGCUGAUGGGAGUUAGAAUCCAAAAUGUCAGACGCGUUGCAUGUUUCCCACCCCCGUGAUCAAGGGACGCGAAAUGCUUCCAUAGAGAGGGGAAGCUAGAAGCCGAAAGGUUCCUUCCUGAGGCGGUCGCGUUACGGCGCUGUUGGUGGCAGAGUAGCGGCUACCGCUGCCGUGUCCAAGGCAACCUUAGCUCGGGCCUGUUCAGUUGCGAAAGGUGGAGCUUUCCCUUUGCUAAGGGGCGGAAUUCCGCGAGUCGGGAGCUACCAUGCGGAGUCGUGGAGGAACUAGCCCUGUAGGGGAUCCUAGGCUCAAGCAGCGAAUUAAACAGUACCUAAGGAGUAAUAAAUGUGGCCAGUAUGUCGACAUUGGAAUUUUGGCUGCCGAGCUACAAAAAACAUACGGUGCUGAUUAUGGACGAAGAAAAAGAAAUGCCUUUAGAAUACAGGUUGAAAAAGUUUUUGGGAUAAUCAAAGACGAGCUAAAAUCUGAGGAUCUAGCCACUCUAGAGGAUGAACAUUUGGCAAAUAAAGCAAAACACAAAGGGGAGGAAGAUGAUUCAGAAAGCUGCAUUGAUACAUCAGACACUGACACAGGACUCCCACCCUCAAAUCACAUGAACACCUCUUUAUUGAGCUUAUACCGGAAAGGAAAUCCAGAUUCUCUUCCAGCAUCUCCCAAACAUUCACUGACAAAGUCUGGCACUCCUUCACAAAUGUCUGGAUCAAAGAAGUUUCCCACUCAAGCAUCAUCUGAUACCAGGAUUUCAGAAGGUGGUUGGUUUAUUGAUAAAAGCCCAGACAGAAAAGAGGAAAACUUUUUUAUUGAUCUUUGUGCAGAAGAAGAGAGUGAUGGUGCUAAACAGAUAGAUGAGAAUGCCAGAGAAGUUUCCUUUCUGGGAAGUGCAAGAAAGAAGAGCAAGAGAGCUAAAAAGAGAAAAGGAGAGUUUCAGGAAGUAGAUGAAGAAAUAGAAUCUGCUUUGAGGAAACAGAAAGUUAAACAGAAAGGGGUGGAGCUGAGAACCUCUUCAGUGAAGUUUGAGGAUGUAGGAGGCAAUGAUGACACUCUGAAGGAAGUGUGCAAGAUGCUGAUACAUAUUUCUCAUCCUGAAGUAUACAACUAUUUAGGAGCUGUUCCACCUCGAGGAUUUAUCUUGCAUGGACCACCAGGAUGUGGGAAGACGCUACUAGCGCAGGCAAUCGCUGGGGAACUUGAUCUACCAAUACUCAAAGUGGCCGCUACUGAGAUUGUGUCAGGAGUGUCAGGUGAAUCGGAACAGAAGCUAAGGGAGCUGUUUGAUCAAGCUGUGGCCAGUGCUCCCUGCAUUCUCUUUAUAGAUGAGAUUGAUGCUAUUACACCCAAGAGAGAGGUUGCCUCAAAGGACAUGGAGCGAAGAAUUGUUGCCCAGCUUCUGACUUGCAUGGACGACUUGAAUAAUCUGACUACUGCUGCUCAGGUCCUAGUAAUUGGAGCAACCAACAGGCCAGAUUCAUUGGACCCAGCGCUGCGACGUGCAGGAAGAUUUGAUCGAGAGAUUUGUUUGGGCAUUCCAGAUGAAGCAGCCAGAGAAAAAAUUCUGAAGACACUGUGUCGAAAACUUAGACUCCAAGAAUCUUUUGACUUUGGCUAUUUGGCUCAUAUGACCCCAGGCUAUGUUGGUGCCGAUCUCAUGGCACUUUGUCGUGAAGCAGCAAUGUGCACUGUGCAUCGAGUUCUUGUUAGACUGGAGGGGGAGAAAGGUGAAGUCCUGAGAAGUGAAGAAAAAGCAUCUGGGCAAGACAUGGAAAAGAGUACUGAAGAGCUUGUUAAAAAAGAUAUUGGAGGAUCAAGUCUUCCCACUAUGGAUGAAUUGCAGAGACUACUCCAGUUGCUAAAGGAACCUGACCCCCUGGGGGAGGAUCGGCUGCAAAAGCUAUGCAUUGAGUUGAAUGAUUUCAUUGUUGCCCUCUCUUUUGUGCAACCCUCUGCCAAGAGAGAAGGCUUUGUCACAGUCCCUGACGUGACGUGGGCAGAUAUUGGAGCCCUGGAGGAUAUUCGGGAGGAGCUCACCAUGGCAAUAUUGGCACCCGUGCGGAAUCCUGAGCAAUUCAGAGCCCUUGGUCUCUUGGCUCCAGCUGGUGUGCUGCUUGCUGGCCCUCCUGGUUGUGGCAAAACGCUACUUGCUAAGGCUGUGGCAAAUGAGUCUGGACUGAAUUUCAUUUCUGUGAAAGGGCCUGAACUUUUGAAUAUGUAUGUGGGAGAAAGUGAGCGUGCUGUACGCCAGGUUUUCCAGCGUGCAAGAAAUUCAGCACCGUGUGUCAUAUUCUUUGAUGAAAUUGAUGCUUUGUGUCCUAGAAGAUCAGACCGUGAGUCAGGUGCCAGUGUCCGCGUAGUGAAUCAGUUACUAACCGAGAUGGAUGGCCUGGAAUCUCGACGUCAGGUUUUCAUUAUGGCAGCCACCAACAGGCCAGAUAUUCUGGAUCCAGCUAUUUUGCGCCCAGGAAGAUUGGAUAAAACACUCUACGUAGGCUUGCCACCACCUUUGGAUCGUCUUGCCAUUCUAAAGACUAUUACUAAAGAUGGAACCCGACCCCCUCUUGACACCGAUGUGGACCUUGAAGAAAUUGCUCAUAAUCCUUGCUGUGAUAGUUACACGGGGGCAGAUCUUUCAGCUCUAGUGCGAGAGGCUUCUGUCUGUGCCCUGAAGGAGGAAAUGGCAAUGCUGAAUACUGCAAACAGGAAAGGAGAAAUCAGGAUUACCAAAAAACACUUUGAAGGAGCUUUUAAGAAAGUUAAAUCUUCUGUGUCAAGAAAGGAUCAAACAAUGUAUGAAGAGCUGCACAAGUCACUGAGCAGGUAACAGCUGGACGAUUCCUGACACCAACAGAUUUAUCCUGGGGAGUUCUCCUGGUGGACUGUUUUCAAGAAGCCUCCUUUGCAGAUUAAAACUUUACCUUGGUUUUGCUUGCUCACUAA